AUGCUCACUCCAGGAUAUCAACAUCCGCAGCAGCAUCAUCAACCGGCCACCAAUUGCGCACCCGGCAUUACUACCUCAUCCCCAACCGUUUUACCAUCAUUUAACGUUACAAGCCAUCUACCGACCGGACCUGCUCAACUUCCAAAUAUCCCGGCGAAGGAAAUUGGAAGUACAAUCAUUCCUGGAAAUGAUUGUAAUCCGGGAAAUUAUUACCAGUCUAUGGUACCAUCACAAUCUACUUUUGGACAACAAUUAUUCAUCAAGAAUGAAAAUGGUUAUGGAUCACGUAGUGCCACUUUUGCGCCUGAUAUGUAUUUUGCUCCUGAAACUCAAUUCAUGCAAAAUUCAUGUUUAUUCAGUUCUGCACCAGCAACCACAGGAACCGACUAUUCGUAUAAUCUUAUUAAGUCGGAUCCUGAAACAUUUCUUGGUCAUGCAUGUUCAUCACAUCCGUUUGUUCGCCCUCAUUAUCCACAUUUUCCGUUUGCCAUGCAACCGAUGACAUCCGGUACACCAAGUGGUAACUAUCUCCAGAAUCCAAUUCAAUGCCAAUGGGUUGAACGUAAUAGGAUUUGUGGUCGAUUAUUUUACUCAAUUGAACAUAUCGUAUCCCAUUUGCAACACGAGCAUGUGGGUGUGUCAGAAAGCACUUUUCAUGUCUGUCAGUGGAAAGAUUGCUCAAGGAGGGGAAAAAUUUUUAAAGCAAAAUAUAAACUUGUUAAUCAUAUUCGGGUACAUACGGGUGAGAGACCAUUUCCGUGUACAAUGUGCUCAAAAGUUUUCGCAAGAAGUGAAAAUUUGAAAAUUCAUCAACGAACACAUACAGGUUAG